UCUCGUUUUCUGCGAGAAAUGAUCCGAGAUCUGACCAGAAACAACAACAACAACAAAUUCAGAAGUCUUGCUUUUCAUUUACAUUUAAUUAAAAGGAUGAUAAAAGUGAUAUGGAAUGUAAUAAAGAAGAUAUUUGGAGUCAUUUUCAUGAUAUUUUCUCCUCUAAAAAGGCUAUGGUGCCGAAGGAAACGUCGAAACUCUGACCCAAUUCUGCCGAUGUCAAAUCAUUACCCUUCAGUAGAAAAUUUGUCCUCCCACUACUCUAUGAAUGGAACUGGACAGGUUCAGGAGGAGUUGUCUCCCUGGGACAGCUGGGAUGAACAGAAACAAGCUGAAAAGAUCAGAUCUGUGGAGGAAUAUCGUCAACGGCAACUGCAGCUACAACAACAACAAUCUCAGGAAAACGAACCAGAAAUGGACUACUUUCAGGAUAUGACACCAAAAGUUAAAAAACAGAAAAAGGUUUUAGUGAAGAAGAAAGAAGAUUAUACAGGGUAUAUAUCUGACAAACUUGCCAUGACGGCAGACAUUCCAAUGAUGCAGAAUUCUGAACUCGGCAGUUGGGAGGAGUCAGGGAAUGCAUGGGAGGCGGAGGCAGAUGACGACCUCUCGUGGCAGGCGGACAACGUCAUAAAAGAGAAACGUAAAGCAGAAAGACAGCAAAGACACUUACAACAACAGCUGAAAAAACAAGAACGCGAACAACAAAAACAGUUUAAAUCUCAUAAUCCAUUGACUGCUGUCCGAUUAUCAUAAUAAUAAUAUUUAUUCAUAUUGGGGCUUGUAAUUGGGCGGGGCUUAGCUGAUCUAGUGGGAGGGAUUAAAGUGGUUAAGAGGCAGGAUUAUUGAUAUCUAGUGCUUGGGAAAUAGUGAUACACGGAUGAGAAAAUUAUGUUUCUUGCUUGGAAAGGUAGCUCAAUUGUAUGGUAAUGUGAUCAUAUUUUAUAAUUUAGUCAGGUAUAAAAGUAAAGAGCAAUAUUUGUUCGAUAUUGAAUUAUGAACAUUGUACUUUUAUCUUACAAGCCUCGGCAAAUAUUUUGUUACUGCCCCCAUACUUAUAAAAUAUAAGAAUGCAUAUACUGUGAAUUAUAUUAAUUUCGUGGUCAUGAAAUUUUGUGGUUUUGAGACAAAGAACAUUUUCGUUGGUACUUCGUGGACUGUUUUAUUUUUCCAAAAGAUAAAAUAUAAAGUGAUGCAAAAUUAUGUUACAGGAGACAAAAUAUGAAAUUUUGUCGGAUCCUAAAUUCAUGGAUUGGCCUAUCUACGAAAACAAUGGAAAUUAGUGCUCCACAUAUAAUAAUGAUUUUGCAGUUUUAAGAUUUGAAAAUAUAAGCCCUAAUAGAAUGGUCUGAAGAAUGGUAUUCUAAGGGAUACUGUUGCACAAUUUGUGGGAGCUGUUGUUUUAUUUAUUUUCAUUAAUGUCACUUGUACAGAUGCAUAUUAAUCAGGUUAUAAAUUGGGUACAGCUUUUGAAAAGCUUUUCACGGGCUCGAAUUUAACUCUUCUAUACACGUAAAAAAACUCUGCUAUACACGCAAAAGUUAAAGUUUGUUUAUAACAUUUAUAUUAUAGUUCUGGAAAUUUGACCAAACUCUUUCAUAGGAAAUUGAUCAAGAGAAUAUUAUUUUUUUAUCAACCUUUAUUUUAUGUCUCAAAAUUGGUUCACAUAGACAUUUUCUGUAG